AUAUGAGCCUCAGUAAGCCUCUGGAGCUGCCAUUAUUUGCUUCUGAAGAAGAAGGAAAUGGCUGGGAACGGGGAAGCCUCUUUGGGAUUCUUUCAUUUUGGCUUUCCAACUUACUUUUUUGACACAGCUGAAGGUAGUCCCAAUGAUCUAGGAAAACCAAGCCUGAGUGUUUCCUUUUGAAGAGUAGUUUCACUGAGUCACCUAUGAACUCACCUUCCCAAGACAGGAGAAGUGAUGGGGAGAGUUUACAGCAACCAUUUGUGCUCCUGUUUGCUGCAGUGAAGUCCCACUGGAAAAAAAGGAUGGAUGUCUUGGUUUGGGAACAGCAUAGUAAUUUUUGUACUGUACAAACAGCGAGCUGCCCUUCAGCCUACAGAUUACUUGACAUUUAAUCUGGCAGUAUCUGAUGCCAGCGUCUCUGUCUUUGGUUACUCCCGGGGGAUCAUUGAAAUCUUCAAUGUUUUCAGAGACGACGGAUUCAUUAUUACAUCAGUAUGGACUUGUCAGGUGGAUGGAUUUCUGACACUGCUGUUUGGUCUUGCUAGCAUUAAUACACUGACAGUCAUUAGUGUGACCCGCUAUGUAAAGGGAUGCCAUCCUGAUAGAGGUCAGUGUAUCAGCAACAGCAGCAUUUCUGUGGCACUUAUUCUCAUAUGGAUAGCAGCCUUCUUCUGGUCAAUUGCUCCUGUCCUGGGAUGGGGCAGUUACACAGAUCGCAUGUACGGAACAUGUGAAAUCGAUUGGGCAAAAGCCAACUUCUCCACAAUCUACAAAUCUUACAUCGUCUCCAUUUUCAUCUGCUGUUUCUUCCUCCCUGUGUCGGUCAUGGUUUUCUCAUAUGUCUCCAUCAUCAAUACAGUCAAGUCAAGCCAUGUACUGAGCGGAGUGGCUGAUCCAACGGACAGGCAGAGGCGUACGGAACGAAGUGUCACAAGGGUCUCCAUCGUUAUUUGCACAGCCUUUAUCACUGCUUGGUCCCCAUAUGCAGUCAUCUCCAUGUGGUCUGCCUAUGGCUACACAGUGCCCAGUUUAACCAGCAUUCUCGCCAGCCUUUUUGCAAAGUCUGCAAGCUUCUACAACCCCAUCAUUUACUUUGGAAUGAGCUCCAAGUUCCGGAAAGAUAUCUUCAUGUUGCUGCACUGUGCCAAAGAGAUCAAGGACCCUGUAAAACUCAAGCGGUUCAAGAAGCUCAAGCAGAAAGUGGAGAAUUCACCUUCUCAAAGAGAAGAGAAAUACGCAGCUGAUGUUCUGCCUGCUCUGAGUCCUGAUUCAGGUGUGGGGAGUCGCUCAAACACCCCACCCCCAGUAAACAGGGAAGUAUAUUUUGGAGCUUUGGAUAGUCCAUCCAACAAUCCUGACAUCGAAUGUGACAGACUAUGAGCUGCUCACAGCCCACCACCAGAAAAUACAUCCAAUAGAAUACUGCAGUCAUCCUCAACCCACCAUCCUUCAGAUGUGUUGGACUACAGUUCCCAUUAUCGCAAGCCUAGAGAUGAUGGGAAUUGCAGUCUGACUGUGGGAGGGCUGGAACACUGCUUGGCCAACGCUUGUGACCUCUGACCUGUUUCUCUAGCACUACUAAUACAGCAUGCCAGCUUGACAUGAAAUGAGGCAAGAAACAAAAAAAAUAGUUUUGAAUACAUGCAAGAUAUAAAUUUAAAAAGUCACCAAAUUGCACUGCAGCUGAUCCAAUAUAAAGGAGGGAUCGUGGCAGAUGAGAGCAACACAUCUCCUGUGAGCAGGACAGCUGGGAGACAACAAACACAGGAUGUUUUCAUAGACAAUACACCCACUGGCAUGUGAAAAAAAAGGAAUUACUAAUAUUUUCGCCCCAACCUAAUUAACUUAAUUUAGAUGUUACUUAUUUUUCCUGCCAUUUUCAUCCCUUGCUCAGAAUCUUGGCUUUCAUCCAACUUGUCCCCAGCUCUCACAUCAGUGCAUUGACUCAGAGAGCAGAGCAGCAGGAAAGGCAAAAUAUUGCCAAUUGCACCAAAACCACUCUUCCCCAUUCAGCCACCAGAGGGUGGGCAAGAGUUAGCACACCCCCAUGGGAGACUGCACAAUCCACAAAAGCUUAUUCCAAAUAAAACUGGGUGCAGUCAGACAGCUGGAAAGGGCCAUUUUAAUGGAAGUGAUCUCCCUUAAAGUGACUCUUCAGCCUGCUGGGGAAAUCUCACCAGCCCAGCUCACAGGUUGACCAAAAAGGUCCAUCUUGGGCAUGGAUCAGAGUCAGUCUGAAGCGCAUUUCCCUUUAUAUUGUGUGAUCCUGGGAAACAUAUGGCACUGGUCUGCUCCACAGGUAGUCCAACAUGCAAUCUAUUUGCCUGUGUGAUUACACUCUUAGUCUUUAAGGCAGGACAAGUCCUUUUCAUAUUUGCUGUAACAAACAUCCUUUCCUAUCUACAAAUCUCUGUUUGAAGUCCAUUUCCCAGUAUCUCUAAGCCAGCAUGGCCUGAUUUGGGUGAGAGUCUAGGAACUGAUGUCCAAAACUUGGAAAAGUUCUUUUGGAAGAAUAACUUCUCCAAACUCUGGUUCGAGGUAAGCAAAAGUCAUCCCGGACUGCCUAAAUAAAUUGCUUUGUGGCACAGCUGUGAUGGCGAGAAUUCAUUCUAAUGUUCUUCCAUCAAGCUUUUGUAGAAUUCCUUUCAGCACCAGGAAGCUACUGUGUAAUGGGAAGGAGUCUUUAGGUCCUGAAAAUCAUCACUGCUGGGAUGAUUUUUUUGAGGGGAGAAAUCAGAAAUACGUUAUUUCUGAAAAAUCGCUGUAGUUGAUGUCAUUACCUUGAUGUGGCAUAAUUUAUGGCAAAAAGGAUUCUACGCGUA